CAACAACUCGUUGGGAUGGGAGGAAAACGGCGGCGCAACACGGGCGAGGCGGCGAAGAAGCGGUUCAAGACUGAGAAGGAAGCGGAAGGUGGCAAGAAGGAUGAAGCUGUCGAGGAGAAGGCUCCUGUCACGGGCAACCACAACGACACAGAAAACAAACCACCGCCGGAGUUGAUCCAAGAAGCCAAGUACUACCUUGAAUCUUACCGCACCAAGGACAAACCGGCGACGGCAGACGAACCCCAAUGGCGAUUCAAGAAGGCGAAACAAGUCUGGAUCUUGCGGUGGAUGUACCGCGCCGACGUGGUCAACAAGGCGUUGUUCUCGAUCGUGCUCGAAUACCUCGAAGGCAUGCAAGGCACCGCGCGGGAACGUGUGUUGCGCGACGCCCAGCAAGUCGUCGAAGCGCUGAGUAGUUUGGAAAAGGUCGACGAGAACGAGCAAACGUUGCAGCAAAAGCUCGAGCGGAGAAAACUCAAGCGCGCGUUCCAGGUGGCCAAAGUACUGGCUUAAUCUAGAGAAACGUCGUAUUAUCCUUUAUGUGCACA